AUGAGAGCGCUUUUCUGGAACAUCAGAGGGUUCGGCCGACGGGGUAGGCGAACCUUGCUGAAAGAGUAUCUCAGGUUACAUCGCAUCGACGUAGUUCUCUUGCAAGAAACCAUCAAACAGGACUUCACGGACGCUGAACUGGCUAGCCUGGAGGUGGGUGAGAAAUUCUUCUGGUCCUGGCUUCCAGCUAAUGGCCAAUCGGGUGGUAUGUUGCUGGGAGUUAGUGACAGCUUGUUUGAGGUAGGAAGAAUGGACAGGGGUCAAUUCUUUCUUAGCCUAUCUGUUCUUCAUCGGGUAUCUAACAAGAAGAUGGAGGUUAUUGGUAUCUAUGGACCCGCAGACCACGCUCGCUCCAGGGGGUUCCUGGACGAGAUAUCUGUCAAGAUCGCUGGGUGCACUCUGCCGAUCCUUAUGGGAGGCGAUUUCAACCUUAUCAGGGCUGCUGAAGAUAAGAGUAAUGACAAUCUUAACUGGCCGCUGAUUGACCUCUUGGGCUCUGACCAUACACCUCUGGUCUUCGACACCGGUGAGGGAUUCCCGGUGCGCUCCAACAGGUUUUUCUUCGAAACAAGCUGGUUCGAGCGCCAUGAGUUUGUCCCCUUAGUUCAGCACUCCUGGGAGAGAUUGUUGACCAAGGUGGGCGGCCGUGACAUCAUUGAUUGGUGGAACUUUAUGUCCACAGGGCUUAGACAAUUCCUUAGAGGCUGGAAUCAGAACCUGGGUAGGGACACCAAGGCUGAGAAAGCUGCUUUGCUGACCCAGAUCGCCGAACUCGACGUGCUGGCUGAUGCCACAGGCCUAGACGAGGAUGCCUGGGCCUCAAGGUACCACUUGGAGGAGCAGCUUCUCCAUAUCUACAUAAUGGAGGAAGAACACUGGCGGCAUCGCGGCAGAGAACCUGCUCGGUUCCUCGGCCCCAAGGGUGUGUGGGCUGGCCCCUUCCUCAUGGGUGAGGAAGCCCGCGUUUCAGAGGAGGAGAAUGGGGGCCUGGCUUGCACCUUCUCUGAACCUGAGCUUGAGGCCAUAAUCAAAGGGAUGAAUACCGACACCGCUCCUGGGCCGGACGGUUUCCCAGUGAUGUUCUUUAAGCGUUUCUGGCCUCAGGUCAAGCUCGGUAUUCUGCAUAUCCUCAAUGACUUCGUGCUGGGGCGCAUUGACAUUGCGAGGCUCAACUUCGGUAUCUUGUCACUCAUUCCGAAAGUUCCGGGGGCGGAACAAAUUUCGCAAUAUCGUCCGAUUGCCCUGAUCAAUGUGGUUUUCAAAAUCAUCUCCAAAGCUUUUGCCUCUAGGCUCGACCCUAUCGCCCACAGGAUUCUCUCCCCGAACCAAACAGCCUUCAUUAAGGGAAGAAACAUCCUGGAUGGACCUUUGGCCCUUAUGGAAAUCAUUCAUGACCUCAGGAAGAGGAAGCACAGUGGUGUGCUCCUCAAACUUGACUUCGAAAAGGCAUAUGACCGGGUAAACUGGGACUUCCUGGGGGAAGUCCUUCGCUACAAAGGUUUUGAUGCAGGUUACAUUCACAGGAUCUUGCAACUUGUCUCUGGGGGACAAACUGCUAUCUCUAUCAACGGUGAGGUGGGGCCUUUUUUUAGGAAUAAGAGAGGGGUCCGACAGGGGGAUCCCCUCUCCCCUCUGCUCUUUAACUUUAUCGGGGAGGCGCUGUCUGUGAUCCUUUCUGCGGCUGCUUCUGCCGGUCACAUCCAUGGGUUAGUCCCACAUCUCCUUCCGGGGGUCAUUACGCACCUUCAGUACGCCGACGACACGCUUAUCCUCAUUCAGGGCUCGGAUGAGGAUAUCGCGAACCUCAAAUUCCUCCUGAUGUGCUUUGAAGAUAUGUCUGGGCUCAAAAUCAACUAUCAUAAGAGCGAAGUGUUUGUCCUUGGGCAGCGUAUCAGCGAGAGAAACGCCAUCGCCAACAAGCUGAACUGCAAACUUGGCAACUUCCCGUUUCUCUACUUAGGGCUGCCAAUUUCGAAUAGGAAGUUAACUCUUGAGCAGUGGCUUUUCUUGGUUCGGAAGCUGGCUGCUAAGAUUGAACCCUGGGUUGGCAGACUGUUGACCUCUGGGGGGAGGCUAAUCCUGUCUAACUCCUGCCUUGACAAUCUCCCUAUUUAUGCGAUGGGCUUGUUUCUCCUCCAUGAUGGGAUCCAUGCGAGGUUUGACUCUCAUCGAUCUAAGUUCUUUUGGGAAGGGGCUGGACCGAAGAGGAAAUAUCACCUAGUAAAUUGGCCAACGGUUUGCAGACCCAAAGAAGUGGGGGGCCUAGGCUUGCUUAACACCAAGAACAUGAACCUGGCUCUCCUUCUCAAAUGGAUCUGGAGGCUAUAUCAGGAUGAGGACACGAUUUGGACUCGUAUCAUCCGCGCGAAGUAUGUUGACGCUUCUGAUCUGUUCUCGGGCUUUGGCCAUGGCGGAUCACCGUUCUGGAAAAGCUUGCACAAAAUCAAGCAUCUGUUCAAAGUUGGCGCAAAACACGAGGUCAGGAAUGGUAUCCGCACUAAUUUUUGGAAGGAUUGGUGGAUUGGGAGGGGCCCCAUCAUGGAUUCCUUCCCUAUGCUCUUUGCCAUCUGCGACAAUCAAGACAUCUCGGUGGCUGAAGCCCUGCAACAUCAUUCCCUGCAGGUCCGCUUCCGUCGAUCCCUGGAUCAGGAAGGCGCUCGCUAUUGGGGGGAGCUGCAAGGAAUGCUAGCGCAUGUGUCUCUUGGUACUAGUCAAGAUAAGGUAUCUUGGCACCUUGAUCAACAUGGCUCCUUCACAGUUAAAUCGAUGUAUGCUCAGCUUUCGCAAGGCACGACAGUUGCUCAUUCCAAAGACAUGUGGGAAGCUAGGCUCCCGCUAAAAAUCAAGAUCUUCUCGUGGCAACUUGCCAUUGAUAAGCUGCCGUCGGGCCAACAGAUUCUCACCAGACAUGGUCCUUCCAAUGGCCUCUGUGCCCUGUGUGGUGCUCCGGAGGAUGCUAGUCACAUUUUCUUCGCCUGUUCUUUGGCAAUGUUCUCCUGGAGGCUGCUGUGGGUGCUCUUUUUAGCCCAAUCUUGGGCUCUCUGGAAUGUGCGCAACAAGCUUGCAAUUGAGAAGAAGAUUAUUUCUAACCCAGCUGACAUCAUUUACAAAAUCACUAUUUUUUUGCAGCUGUGGAGCCUAAAAGCCAAGGCAAGAGAAAAGGAGGGGCUAAGCUGGAUGGCGUGCGAGCUAAGGGAGCUGUACGUGCAGUUGAAGCCGCCGGCGGGGUGA